AUGGCUUCCAGUCUCAAACUUUGCCUCAUCGGCCUGCUCGGUGCUGCUGCCGUGAAUGCAGCUCCCGCCAUCGUCCCAGAGACCGAUGUUCUCGGUUUCUCUCUCCUUGCGCCUCGUGAUGCUUGCACCUUCUCCGGCUCCAGCGGUGCUGCGAAUGCCAUCAAGAACAAGAAGUCUUGCUCCACCAUUACCUUGAAUAACGUCGCUGUCCCAGCUGGAACUACUCUGGAUCUGACAGGACUUAACAAGGGCACCACCGUCAUCUUCCAAGGAACCACCACUUUUGGCUACAAGGAAUGGGAAGGUCCGCUGGUCUCGGUUUCCGGAACAUCCAUCACUGUCAAGGGAGCCUCCGGAGCCACUCUCAACGGAGAUGGUGCGCGCUGGUGGGACGGAAAGGGAACUAACGGCGGCAAGAAGAAGCCUAAGUUCUUCUACGCCCACAAACUGACCAACUCUAUCAUUGAGAACAUCUACAUCAAGAACUCCCCUGUGCAGGUGUUCAGCGUCAACGGUGCUACGGAGCUCACUCUCAGCGGAAUCACUGUUGACAACGCCGAUGGCGAUAGCAAGGGUGGCCACAACACCGACGCUUUCGACGUUGGUUCCAGCAAUGGUGUCUACAUCACCAACCCAACUGUCCACAAUCAGGAUGACUGCCUGGCCGUCAACUCCGGCACUAACGUCCACUUCACCGGCGCUCAGUGCACUGGUGGCCACGGUAUCUCCAUCGGCUCUGUCGGUGGGCGCUCCGACAACGUCGUCAACGGUGUCACCAUCCAGAACUGCAACAUCAAGGACUCCCAGAAUGGUGUCCGCAUCAAGACUGUCUACGGUGCCACCGGCUCCGUGAAGGGCGUCACCUACAAGGACAUCACCCUCUCCGGAAUCACCAAGUACGGCGUCGUCAUCGAGCAGGACUACGAGAACGGCAGCCCUACCGGCACCCCCACCAACGGCGUCCCUAUCACUGGUCUUACCAUGAGCAACGUCAAGGGAACUGUCUCCAGCAGUGCUACUGAUGUCUACAUUCUUUGUGCUUCCGGUGCUUGCUCCAACUGGUCUUGGAGUGGCGUCACUGUUACGGGGGGAAAGACCAGUAGCAAGUGCAAGAACAUCCCUAGCGGUGCUAGCUGCUAA